AUGUGGAACUCGGAGAUAGGGAUAAAUAACAAUAUCCAUCACAACGAAUAUCUCGAAGAAUUCGUUCCAGAUCAUGAAAUGCAUGAUACAUUCCUAUCUGAAGCUGAAUUUUGGAAGGCCAAAAACUUGUAUGUCAAACCCUUACAAGUUGACAACGAAAUGUGUGGCACGUGUAUGCAGUUAGAUGUUGCCAUGAGAAAGAUACUUGCAGAUAAUCAAUUAGGAACUGUUAUCCAGGUUCAAGGUGCAAAGGAACAUGCACCUGUUGAACUCGAUGGUUUGCAGAGAACAUGGGAACCAGUUGUAUACUCCGUGGUAUGA